AGCACCAUGGAUGACGAAUUUCAAGGUACCAGCUCUCAGAUGGUGAUCUUUUCUAAAAACGAUAGGACAGGUGUGGAGGAGAAUGAAGCAAGAGAAUGGGUUCCUAAGUCUGUGAGCUUAUCUGAAGAUGAUGGGACAGAUGACUGGAUACCCACACAGGAUGAAUCUGAAGGCUAUUCAGAAGAGGAGGAAGAACAAGAACAUAAAAGGAUUCCUAAGAUGCUGGCAGCAUCUGAAGAGGAUGGGACACAUGAUAGUAGACCCACACAGGAUGAAUCUAAAGAUGAUUCAAAAGAUGAAGCAGAACAUUUGGGACAAAUGAUUCACAAAGUGGCCAUGGAAAAGGGGGCGUUUGUGAGCAGUGAGUUGCCGCAGAGGACAGAGGAACAGCAACAGGUUGCUGGCAUCUCUAAGACUCAAAGGCAUCACAAUGUCAGAAAUAGACACAAGUGUCCCAUAUGUGGACAUGUAUAUGCUGAUAUUGUUCAGCACCUAAGAGUCACAGAGAAAGUGGUAAAUGAAAUUGAGCUGCUUCUUUUGAGCCAAUUUUCUCAUCGGCACUUUUCUGCAAAUCUGGACUGUCCAGUCCGCUUAUGUCAGUCAAAACAUCUUAAUCGGCUUGAUAAGCACCUGGAAAAGGUCCACAAAUUACAGAAACCUAUGAUUAAACUUUACAUGCAAAAGGCCAAGGACAGAUGCGUUGCUAAGGAACUUGCACUUCUGAGGGCAUCAAAUCCCACACUGCAAAUGGUCUCACAUGUGGGUGAAGUGGAUUAUACAGUGAUUGAGGAGGGCAUCUUUAGGGCACUGGAGGCAAGGUCCAAGGUUGCAUCCCCUAUAGCCUCUUCCAGCAACGCUCCCAGUGACCAUGCUACCCUGAACCAUUGGCCUGCUCCUCCCUCUGACAGCAAGGCUCUGGGUGACUCUACCAGACCAAACCUACAGCCUCCUCUCUCUACCCGUGACCCUCUCAGUGACCACACCAUCCCAAUUAUGCAGCCUCCUUCUAUCUCCACCAGCAAGAUUACUUGUGAUUCAACAGUGGUGUCCCCUGAUUUGUUAAUCCCUUACUAUGCAGCAAAGCAAAGGAGGGAAUGUCUUCUCCCGAGGACACCUGCUCCUGGUUGCAAAAACUGUCAGAUACUGUUCACUGAGCUACAGGUGGUGAAGCAGUUGCUAGAGUGUGAAAUUGAAAGGAAUCAUGAGCUCAAGCAGAUACAUUCUUCAACCAAGCAUCCAAAUGUUAAAUAUAGCAGACGUAAACGGUUUUCACCCAGCAAAGCCCCUCACUAUGUAAGACUGGUGGAAGAAUUUAGGGCCCAUGCAGAAGGUGUGAACCCUAGCAUAGAACUACAUGAAAAUGCAAGGCAGCGAGCCACUCAUGUCAUCCGGUUUCUGGAAUUCAUGGCAGACCCAGCAAUUCCAAACGUUGACCUUCUGUUUCUGAGGAACCAUGGAAAAGUCCGUGAUUUUCUAGCACACCUGCAAGCAAAAGGGUUUAAACCAACAACUCAGAGAGCUUAUCUCAUGGAUGCUAUUGCUUUCAUGAAAUAUAUAUUAAACAUGUCACCACCACAAGUCAGACUUGGAAAUAAAAGGAUCAACGCCCUUUUGGUCGAACUGAGGGCACGUAACAGAGAUGUUGGCCGUGAAGUAGUCGUGCACCAGCUGAAUGUGCGGAGAUCUAAGUCUAAAAGACUUGUCAAAGCAGAAAAACAUGCUUUGUUCAUUGAAGAGGCUCCCCAGAAGAUUGCUGCCGCACUGGAUGACCUCGAGAAGCAACCCCAGAACAGAACAAUAUUGAAAUUGUUUUUUGGACUGUUGGGUGGAUACCUCAUUGCCAUAACUGGCCACCGAAAGGGAGUGGUCAUCAACAUGACUACUGAGGAGGUUGAAAUGGCAGAAAAAACUAAGCAGGGUGCCCGCAUCAUCCGUGUUAAACAGCACAAAACUCAAAGAUACCAUGGGGAAGCAGCUGUCCCCCUGUACAAGAAUGAGUAUACCUGGUUGCAGCGUUACAAUCAUAUUAGAGAGUAUAUUGAAGGGGGUUCGGAGGCAUCAACUUUUUUCCACAGUUCCAGUGGAGGUGUUCUUCAUAGACUACUGGAAUUUUUCAAGGCAGCCUGGGAGAUGAUGAAUCUGGGGAUUGCCCCCACCUUCAACAUGAUACGUUCCUCCUGUAGCACUUACGCCAAGCGACAGUUGGGACGUAAAUCUUAUGACAGAGUGGCAACGUUUAUGUGCCAUGAUGCCAUCACAGCCAAAAGAUUUUACCAAGCUGAGGACCCUGCAGAGGACACACUCCAGAGCCGAGCACUGACCACCCAUGCAAUUGCAACAUAUGCAGCAAAGAAAAGGAAAAGGACAGAGGACAGAGGAUCUGUGCAGGACAAGGACAGUGAAGGAUCUGACAAGGAAGAGCAGCAGUCAUCAGGAACAGAGGAGCUUUUAGACAGAAGGCUCUUCCAGUGUAACAGUAACAAGAUGGUCAUCUUUUACAAAAAUGAUAGGACAGGUGUGGGGAAACUCACACAAGAAGACAAUCCACAAGAGGAGGAGGAGGAUGAAGCGAGAGAAUGGGUUCCUAAGCAGUCUGUUAGCUCAUCUGAAGAUGAUGGGACAGAUGACUGGACACCCACACAGGAUGAAUCUGAAGGCUAUUCAGAAGAGGAGGAAGAACAAGAACAUAAAAGGAUUCCUAAGGUAGCCAAGAAAAACAAAACUGGGUGUCCUGUGCCACAAAGAGAGAUGGCAGCAGCAUCUGAAGAGGAUGGGACACAUGAUAGCAGACCCACACAGGAUGAUUCAAAGGAUGAAGCAGAACAUUUGGGACAAAUGAUUCACAAAGUGUCCAUGGAAAAGGACAGGGAAACGGCGAUAAGCUUAUUACCAGUACAACACCAAAUUCCAGUUGUUACUCUGAAUUCAGUCACUCUCAAGACACCCAUGAAGGACAAGGUCGCACUGGAGGUCCCUCCUGGUAUGCAGCAGGCCUAUGUAAACCAAGACACAGCAAUGACUGUGAAUAAGAGUUCAGAAAAAAGUGUGAUUCACCAAACCAGUUACUUGAAGAGGCUCAUUUUUCAUCAGUCAACUCUCUUUGAAGACACCAUACCAAGAUCUGAUAACAACAAGAAAGACCAAAGUGGAAUGUCAUCUGCAGCAAUAAUAACCUCAGAACAACUGGAAGAGAAAGAGAUACAAGAAGAAUCUCUGGAGAAGAUGAAGUGUGAAGACAAAGGAGGGAAGAGAAAAGAAAAAGUACAGCAGGAGCCUCUGGAGAAGAUGAGGGGCAAAAGGCAAAGGAAGGAAGAAAAGAUACAGGCAGAGCCUCUGGAGAAGAUGAAGAGUGAAGCCAAAGUAGGAAAGAGAAAAGAAAAAGUACAGCAGGAGCCUCUGGAGAAGAUGAGGAGCAAAAGGCAAAGGAAGGAAGAAAAGAUACAGGCAGAGCCUCUGGAGAAGAGAAUUAAGAUUAUGAAAUAAAAGAAGGAAAAAUCCACAGAGUUCUCAAAGAAAUGGCGAGAGAAAGUCUCAGAAAAUAAGGUGCAUGAAAGAGUUGUUAAUUAAAAGUGAUCAUCUAAUGAGUUACUGUCAUGUUUAUUUUCUGGAAUCACUGGUGCUCUCAGACUUGACAUUAUAUAAUUCCACCAUAUGUGAGAUCAGUCAAAUUAAGAAAGGAAUCAAAAUAGCUAUACCAAUGGCUGCAGAAAAGUGACAGUGGUCAAACAACAUCAUUGAGCAUGACAAAACACUUUUGAAGACAGCAGUCUCCAGAUACCUCAUCAUUGAAGACAAAUGACACACAUCUAUUGUGGAGAAAAUUCGGUUCAAAUCAAUUUUAUUUAUAUAGCGGCAA